AAGUGAAACAAAUACAGGAAUGAUCUCCUUCCUGAUCUCCAUUUGUAAAAACUCUCAUUUGGACGUAAUUUAUUAAGACAAUCUUGAGAAUAUCUUGAGAACAUCAAUGUUGAAUCGAAGCCACGGAGGAUUCAAGAAAUGUUUACCUGGAGCCUGACAUGAGUGUGACUUGAGGAACAUUCGUUCAACAACUUAUUGCAAAAAGAAUAAAUGUGUUUCAUUCGACCUGGAUGCAUCUGUAUCUUUUCAGACAUGAAGUUCGUUUGUUUGACUCUCCUGCUUGUGUGUGGAAUUACAGACUCAAGUUCAGAGCAGUAUAAGCUAGAGGGAUCUGCAGAUCCUGUGUUUGCUGUAGCUGGUGAAGAUGUGAUUCUGCCCUGUUCAGUCAAACCCAACACCAGUGUUGUGGACAUGAGAGUGGAGUGGUUUAGACCUGGACUGAAAGACUCACUUGUGCAUUUCUAUGAGGAUCAUGAAGACAGAAACACAGUUCAGAUUGAUUCCUACAGAGGCAGAACAAAACUGAAUCAUCAAGAACUACAGAGAGGAAACGCAUCACUCAAACUCUCAUCAGUCCAAGUCUCUGAUGAAGGACGUUAUAAGUGUUUUAUUCAGUCUAAAUCCUGGUAUGAUGACACCACAGUUAAUGUCAGAGUUGAGGCUGUAGGACGUCCUCCAGUGAUCACUGUAGAUGGGUUUGAUCAUUCAGGGGGGCUUCAUCUACAGUGUGAAUCUGAAGGCUGGUAUCCUGAACCUGAUCUUGAGUGGCUGGACAGUGAAGGAGUCAGUUUGAGUUCGGAAACUACAGAGACACACAGAAACACAGACAGAUUCAGUGUGAAACACACCAUCACUGUACAUCACAGUGACAACAAGAUUCACUGCAGAGUCAAACUGAGAAAUCACAUGCUGGAGACACUGAUUAUCACAAGUAAAAAAAUGUUUAUUUCUUGGAGGAAUUAUUGGAGGACAUCAGUCAUCAUGAUUUCAGUCACUGUUGUUUUCAGUGCAUUUGCGGGAACAUUAAUAGCCACAUUUGUUAAUAAAACCAGAGUGACUACACAUUUACGAAAAUACACAGUGAAUGUGAUUCUGGAUGCUGAUAUGGCUCAUCCUUAUCUCACCGUGUCUGAUGAUGGGAAACAAGUGAGAAAUGGAAACAAAAAACAGAUGGGAGUGGGUGAAAAAAAAGACAGAUUUGAUCAAUACCUUGGUGUUCUUGGGAAGGAUGGAUUCUCCUCAGGGUGUUUCUACUUUGAGGUGCAGGUGAAGGGACAAACUGAGUGGUAUUUAGGAGUGACCAGAGAAUCUGUGAACAGGAAGGGCUGGAUCCGUCUGAGUCCAAUGAAUGGAUACUGGACUGUGACUCUGAGAGAUGGGGGGUUUUGGGCUUAUGAGUCUUCACAUAUCUCUCUUUCUCUGAGUGUGAAGCCUCAGAGGGUAGGUGUGUUUGUGGAUUAUGAGAAGGGUCUUGUCUCCUUUUAUGAUGUGGAAUCCAUGUAUCAUAUCUAUACUUACACUGAUCAGUCUUUUGAUGAGAAACUCUAUCCGUUUCUUUGUUUGGGGGAAGGUUAUUAUUCUUGGAAUACAAAUUCUAUCCCACUGAUCAUCUGUGAUGAUUACUAAUGAGAUCAGUGACUGUGACAUAAAAGGAAAUAUAAUUUAAAAAACAAAAAUGUAAUAGCAAUAAAUACUGCAUUUUAUAUACACUGCUAGUGAAAACAAUGAUAUGUUUAUUUUAUGUUUCUCAAUAGUGUUCGGUAUUUGUUAUUGAAUGUCCAGAUUGUGGAAAACUGAAAUAAAGCAAGCUCAAAUAUA